CCGGCGGCCGCGGCGGGGUCAGUUCUCUUUAGUGUUUGCCGAUGUUGGAAGCGUCUCCAAAGUGUCCCCGGGAAGCAGUGAUAGACAAUGGCACAAGUUAAAAUGCAGACUGCAGCAAACCUCUCUGGACCUACCCUUCCCCCUCCGGUGCUAUCCCCAUCAGUAACAAAUGCAAGUUCAUUGGGUCUGCAGGCCUCAAUGAAUGGAUCCAUUUCAGAAUCAGUUGCCAGUUGUAACAGUCCAACAGCUGGUCUUGUGGAUUCUGCACCUUCUAGCAACUCACCAGCUCCUCUCCAAGAUAACAUGGCAAACCCCAAAGAGAAAACUCCAAUGUGUCUGGUAAAUGAGUUAGCCCGUUUCAAUAGAGUUCAACCCCUGUAUAAGCUUCUGAAUGAAAGAGGGCCUGCUCAUGCCAAGAUGUUCACAGUGCAGCUGAAUCUUGGAGAGCAGACAUGGGAAGCGGAAGGGAGUAGUAUUAAAAAGGCUCAACAUGCUGCUGCUAGCAAAGCUUUGAACAAAACAAACCUUCCCAGACCAACUCCCAGACCACCCAAAAAUAACAUUAAUAAUAACCCAGGCAGUAUAACUCCAACAGUGGAGCUGAAUGGUCUGGCUAUGAAAAGGGGAGAGCCUGCCAUCUACAGGCCACUGGAUCCAAAGCCAAUCCCAAACUAUAGAGCAAAUUACAACUUCCGGGGCAUGUACAAUCAGAGGUAUCACUGCCCAGUGCCUAAGAUUUUUUAUGUCCAAUUGACUGUUGGCAACAGUGAGUUUUUUGGUGAAGGAAAGACUCGUCAAGCUGCUAGACACAAUGCUGCAAUGAAGGCCCUUCAAGCUCUCCAGAAUGAACCUAUCCCAGAAAAAUUAUCUCAGAAUGGAGAGGCAGGAAAGGAAACGGAAGAAGAAAAAGAUGCAAACAAAUCUGAGAUCAGCAUAGUGUUUGAAAUUGCCUUGAAGCGCAACAUGCCCGUCAGUUUUGAGGUGAUUAAGGAAAGUGGCCCUCCACACAUGAAGAGCUUUGUUACUCAAGUUUCAGUAGGAGAGUUUUCUGCAGAAGGAGAAGGAAACAGUAAGAAACUUUCAAAGAAACGUGCUGCAAUGGCUGUUUUACAAGAACUCAAAAAACUUCCGCCUCUUCCUGUGAUUGAAAAGCCAAAACUUUAUUUUAAAAAACGCCCCAAAACAAUAUUAAAGACUGGUCCAGAAUAUGGUCAAGGAAUGAACCCCAUUAGCCGCUUGGCUCAAAUCCAGCAAGCCAAAAAGGAGAAGGAGCCAGAGUAUAUUCUUCUUUCAGAAAGAGGGAUGCCUCGUCGCCGAGAGUUUGUUAUGCAGGUCAAAAUAGGCAAUGAAAUUACUACUGGAACAGGCCCCAACAAGAAAAUAGCUAAAAGAAAUGCAGCAGAGGCGAUGUUGUUACAGCUUGGUUAUAAAGCCUCCACCCCUCUUCAAGAUCAACCAGAAAAGCCAGGGGAAAACAAAGGCUGGAAUGGCCAAAAUGUUGGGUUUCCUGAGCCAACGAGUAACACACCAAAGGGAAUUCUCCAUCUCUCACCUGAUGUUUAUCAAGAGAUGGAAGCAAGCCGCAACAAAACAGCCCCUGGCACUACUGGAAGCUAUUUGUCAUCCAAAGAAAUGAGCCAGACUUCUAGCUCUUUCUUCAGCAUAUCUGCUACUACUAAUAGUACAGCUACAAUUGCCAGGGAACUCCUUAUGAAUGGAACAUCCCCGACUGCAGAAGCCAUAGGUCUAAAAGGAAUAUCUCCUGCUUCCCCCUGUUCUGCAGUGCAGCCUUCAAAACAGCUGGAGUAUUUGGCAAGGAUUCAAGGCUUUCAGGUACACUACAGUGAUAGACAAAAUGGCAAAGAGUGUAUGACCUGUUUGACAUUGUCUCCUGUGCAGAUGACUUUCCAUGGUAUCGGAAGCUCCAUUGAAGCCAGCCAUGACCAGGCAGCUUUAAGUGCCUUGAAACAGUUUUCGGAACAGGGACUGGAUCCAGUGGAAGGGGCUAUGAAGGUUGAAAAUGGAACACUUGAAAAACAAGUCAAGCAUCUGGGAGAGAAAGCAGACAAUAAACAGACUAACUCAGGCACCAUUGCUCAGGACUGCAAGGAUUCAAAGGCUGUCGUCUAGGAACUUCCCAGCACCCACGGCCGCCACUGCAUCCUUAUAAACCUGUCAACACGCAAUAGGGUGUAUGUGUACGAGGAAAUGAAUGACUAAUACCAUUAUUUGAGUCUUAUGUGAAGACAACGCUAUUCUAACACAAGAGAUAGUAUACAUGGUACUGUUUAUUCAACUGGGGGGAAAUAAAAUUUGAGCAUUUUCCUCAGAGCUUGAGAUCAGAUCAUAACUCAAUUGCACAGAGGCAGCAGAAAUCUGAUCAUGUUACUGGAACUUAAAAUAACAAUUAACAAAGUGUUAUGAAAAAAAGGUAAAGUUUAAAACUGAUUAAUAUGAGUCAGCAUUGAUUCAGUUACACAGUUUUUUCAUAGUGUAGUUUAAGUUCAGCUUUACUCUUUUUUAAAAUAAAUGCUUGAAUAUUUUAAAAUUAACCAAUGACAGUGCUGUGAGAAUUGUAGUUGUUGUCUUCAUAUAUAGUCAUACAGCUUAUCUUUUUAUGCAGCCAUUAUGCAUUCUUCAUUCUAUAUCAAUAUGUAUGACUUUAAGAUGCACUACUUAGAGUUGUAUGCAAACAGAUGUUUAAAUCAUGAAAAGGUUUUGCUUAAACAUGAACUGAUGUUAGUGAGUAAUGAUCAGUUGCAAUAUACUCCAGGAAAAGCAGUUACCGUAUUUGAUUUCCCUCCCCGUUAUCAAUUGGAGAGGCGUCUUGCCUCCAAGGAACAUUUCCCCCUUAAUUCUGCUCUCUGUUGUGUGAAGCACAUCUACACCCCAUUCUGUGUGUUGUAUCAACCCACUGUUUGCAUCAACUGAGUGUUUUUAAUAACUGCAUUCUGAUCAGGAACAGCAGAUAGGAUUGAAAUGUUAUCUAGAAAAGGGAAGAAAAGAGUUGAAACAGAUGUAAAGAUUUUCCUUAUAGAAGGAAUGGUAUUAGAGAUGAAACUGCCAGCUGCACUCGGCACCAGAAUGUUCAGAUAUGUGGGCAAAUGCAGUAAAACCACAUCAGUUCGUGUGUACAAUGGUGGUGUCAUCUCUUCUUUAUUCUCUAAAAAUAUUCACCUAGCAGAACUACUUGAAAAGUCACAAAAACUUACAUUGAACAACUAGUACCUAUGACAAGAACUGGAUUAGACCGUAUCUUCUACCACAGGGCUGCCUCCUCUGAAACUAUGGUUCUACUUAUAUGUAACAAGCUCCUUUUAGACUCAAGUAUAUAAUUUUUUUAAGAGCUUUCCAUUUUUAAAUCUUAUGCAACAAAAACAUGACACAGCUGUUGACUGCACAACAAUAGAAUUAAAUUACAUAAGAUUUCACAAGCACAUAACCCACAAAUCACAACCUGUCUGACUCACCUGACCAGAAGACACACAAAUAGCAAUGUACGGAAACAGUGCAAAUUGCAUAUGUAACUGGGCCUCAUCUGUGAAAGUCCUUUGAUGCUCUAUGCUCUGCAAGGUAACAAGUAUCAUAAUACACACAAAGCUAGUUGCUGCUGAAAAAUUAUAUCCACAAAGUAGUGGCUUUACAUCUGAUCAUCUGCAGAAUGCUCAGUCCUGCUCUCAUGAAGGUACUAAGGACCUUCAUGCUCAGAGUUCUCAACUUCUGGGGGCUCUGCCUUCCCACAUCCCCCUAGUUCCAGGUACGGACAGUGCCUGUCUGGCUCCCAGAGCUGGGGAUGCUGGUGGGGAGGCUGAGUACCCAGUAGGGCCGGCUGUACAGUUUUCGCUGCCCCAAGCAGCGGCCCAAUUGUCGCCACGGGCGACGAGGGCAGUCCAUGUACCCUUAGGGCAGCAGCCUCAUUUCUGCGGCGGCGGCAAUUUGGCAGCAGCUUCUAUGUUUAGCUGAAGCCGUCCAGGACAGCUAAACAUAGAAGCUGCUGCCGAAUUGCCCUUCAGUGUGCUGCUUGGGGGCAAAACAACACAGACUGCCACCCCUUGCAGAUUGCCGCCCCAAGCACCAGCUUGGAAUGCUGGUGCCUGGAGCCGGCCCUGGUGCUCAGGCUCUCUGGUAUCUGGGCCAUCUUUUGUCAUUUUCACACAGAACCUUCUCUGAGGUCAGUCAACAAACCAAAAGUUUCACAUUUGACAUUUCAUCCUGCUUAGGGUAAAAAAAAAAUGUCCCCCUCAAAACAAUGUUUUCUCAGAAAUGGAUUCCCUUUUUUCAGCCACUUCUAAUGCUGAGCACCUUAGCUGGUGUGAAAGUGUGUAACUUCCAGGAGGCAUUUGGCAGGAUCAGGAUCUUAAAAUGAUAGAGAAAUAUUGAACUGUGACCAAUGUCUUGCUCAAGGAGUGCAUUGUCUCCAUUGGCUAUGGAAGUGGGCGGUGGUUCUGCACCCUUCAGCCUAGCAGCCUGCUAACCUAGGACACACUUAGACCAGUGGGUCUCAACCAGGGGUACAUGUACCCCUGAGGGGUACACAGAGGUCUUCCAGGGGGUACAUCAACUCAUCUAGAUAUUUACCUAGUUUGACAACAGGCUACAUAAAAAGCACUAGUGAAGUCAGUACAAACUAAAAUUUCAUACAAUGACUUGUUUAUACUGUUCUAUAUACUAUACACUGAAAUGUAAGUAUAAUAUUUAUAUUCCAGUUGAUUUAUUUUAUAAUUAUAUGGU